AUGACUUCCUAUGAGUGGCAAGCCGGCCACGUAUACGGGGGGCACAUAAAGCCCAGAUAUAGCGCAAUUUCGUACACCUGGGGUCGCUAUCGACUGAACUCAGCCCUCGAGAGACCUCAUGUCAAGCCCAUCGAGCUCGAUGGGGUGGACUGGGAGAUCCCACGGAUUGAUGACUCUCAUUUCACUGUAGGGCAAUUUGAGGAACUCAUUCGUCGAAGUAUUGAGCCCACCUCUUACUCCGGUCACAAUCCUGCCUUCACCCCUUCUAAAAUCGAGUUCGUCUGGCUUGAUGUUGCUUGUAUUAAUCAAAUACCCAAUCAUCCUCAAAUGGCAGUCGAGAUAGGGCGCCAAGCACGAAUUUUCAGAAAGGCCAAACGUGUUAUCGUGUGGCUCAACCAAGCCACAUUGCAAGGCCUUGAGAGAGAGAUUAACGGCAUUGUUGCAGCUGCAGCAACUGCUGAGCCGCGCCUGACCCAGACUCUUCUCCCUGAGGAUCAAUGGACCAGCAUACCAGGAUCAAAGUUCAAGAUGACCCUGCUUAGAAAUGAACGAUGGCUAGCCUCAAUGAUAAAAGAAACCAAGGCAAAGAUCAAGGAAAAUUGGUUUGGAAUAGUGGCAAACACCCGUCGGAUGCUCCUCCAAGGUGAUGAGCAAUGGCUAGCCUCAGCACUAGAGAACAUUAGUUUGUUAACCGAAGAACGAUGGUUCAGCUCCUUGUGGACGCUACAGGAGGCCUUCCUCAGCCAGUGGGCUUAUGUAAUCUCUGGAGAAGUGGAAGCUCUUCGCGUUGGCUCUCCACAGCUCAGAGAUAUCUUCACGGCAUGCGAGACUCUCAGUGCUGUAUGCAAAAGAAGUGUAGCUUAUAAGCGGGCGCUGAGUCUGCCGACAGCAGAUACAGAAGUUCGCCUCAUCGACAUGAUUGAGCGGAGUGGUCUUGCGGCGCUUGCCAUGGAGAAUCCUAUGGCUCUUUACACUGUGGCAUCAAAUCGCCUGACUUCAAGACCCGUAGAUCGCGUUUACGGAAUCAUGCAAGUUUUUGAUUUUCAACUGGGCAUCUCAGCACCCCACGCAGACAAGGGGGCGAGCCCCAAUUUGCCAGAGCUGGAGUUACAGCUUGGACAGGAAUUACUUACGAAGUAUCCUAUUAUGAGCCAACUGCAUGUUCACACCCAGCCUGCAAGGCAAGGUCAGGCCUGGAGAGUCAGCAGUAACUCGAGAGUUCCUGAGCUGGCUUCCAAAGUAGGUUAUUUUGUCACUAGCAGCUUUCUAGGGGAUCACAAAUGUUUAUGCCAAUUCUCAUCUACAAAGGUUGAUGGCAACUCUUGUGCCUCAUUCGUAGGCAAGAUCUGCUCCUUCGAAAUUCUACAAAAAGCCUGGAGCUCCAUGGAUCGUCAUAUACUUCCUAGGAGGAGAACUGGGAAGAAGAGCACACAGCAGAUUAUAGUGGACUCAUCGGCGCUAUUGCCAUUUUCUCUUUUCACUGAUGACCCCACACAAGAUAUACCAAGAGAUGAACGACAGCAUAGACUGGCAGCCGAGUUGGUCACCCUUUGUUCCCGGCAAGGGCUUUCGAUAUAUGUCUUACUAUUAGGCCGUUUCAGCGACGACCAGCAUACUGAAGGUUGGUGGAAGCUGGCGGGAGGUAGUAACUCCGAGUUCAAUGGUGAUCGCUUCAAUAUUGGCUUGAUACUGAUCCAGAAAACGAAUGCAGAGGUGUGGAGUAGGUUGGGAAUCUGUAUCUGGGACCUUGGUCAGACAGCCUCCGGCCAGAAUUCUGCACUACAGAAUGACUUACUGGAGGGUAAUGCCAACGACUGGAAAUUGCUUUCAGGACUCUUUGAAUAG